CAGUCUUUAACAUGUAUUUUAAGUGUGCAGUUGUCUUAUCUAUACUGAUCCAUGGAGCCUGGAGCGCCACUGAACAGCUGAAGUUCCCUGAAACGUUCAUGUUCGGGGCUGCUUCAGCUGCCUACCAAAUCGAAGGGGCAUGGAAUGAAAGUGACAAAAGUCCCAGCAUGUGGGACAAGCUGCUCCAUGAUCGCCCGGAGGUAGUGAUGGACCGCAGCAACGGAGACGUGGCGUGUGACUCCUACCAUCUCUGGAGGAGGGACAUUGAGAUGCUGGAGGAACUAGGAAUGAAUAUGUACAGGUUCUCCAUAUCCUGGCCUCGUCUGCUUCCCACUGGGUUUCCCAACUACAUCAGCGAGGAUGGCAAGAACUACUACAACAACCUGAUCGAUGGUCUACUGGAGAAGGGCAUACAACCUAUGGUUACCAUCUACCACUUCGACCUUCCACAGUCUCUGCAAGAUUUAGGUGGUUGGGCAAAUCCCCUUAUAACAGAUUGGUUUGCGGACUAUGCGAAUGUGGUCUUUUCGCUUUAUGGUGACCGAGUGAAGUACUGGAUCACCAUAAAUGAGCCUAUGGGGAUGUGUGACGGGGGCUAUGGGGAAUUCGCAGCCCCCUAUAUUAAUGAUCCGUAUGUGGGGCAGUAUCUGUGCAAUAAGAACACCAUGGUAGCCCACGCGAAGGCCUACAGGAUCUAUGAUGAGUUGUACAGAGAUAAAUAUCAUGGAAAGCUGUCGAUAUCGACGUUAUUCUUCUGGUUUAAGCCAGUCGAGCCAGAAGACCAAGAAAUCACUGAUUUAACUAUCGAUCUUUGGGCAAGCAGAUACAGCCACCCAAUUUUCUCGAAGGAAGGCGGCUGGCCACCCAAAUUAGAACGGUUAUUAAAUGAAAAUGCUAAGAAACAGGGCUACCGUUACAGGCUGCCGCCUUUCACUCCCGAAGAAAUUGAGCUGGUUAGAGGUACCUAUGACUACUACGCUCUGAACCACUACACGACGCGUGUGGUGCGCCGGACGAAGCCAGGUGAAAAGGCAGGAGCAUGGUUCUUUUACGGCUCACCAGAACUUAACGUGAGAUUCGAUAAGGAUCCCCGAUGGAGGACCACUGAAAUUGACUGGUUUGCUUUCUACCCAGAAGGUCUCCGGGAGCAGCUCAACUGGUUGAACACCACGUAUGACGUGAAGGAGAUUAUCAUCACUGAGAAUGGAAUACCAACUCUUAACAGUGGACUGGUGGACAUCGUCAGGUUGGACUACUAUAAGGAGUAUUUGGAACAGGUCCUGCUAGCUAUCAAUGAUGGGAUCAACGUAACUGGAUACACUGCCUGGACGCUGAUGGACAACUUCGAGUGGUUGGGCGGUUACGUUUCAAACUUCGGCCUUUAUGCUGUAAACUUCACGCAUCCGAAUCGGACCCGCACACCGAGGGAGUCAGCGCGAUAUUUUUCCAAAGUGACAAGAAGUAGGAUGGUACAUCCUAAUGUAGAUGAAACCAAAUUAAAUUAUGUUAAAUAGUGUAAAUUGUAUUGUAUUAUUAAAUAAAGUAAAUAUCUCACCUGUUAUUUGUAA